GUACGGUUCAUUUGUUGAAAAAAACUGCCCGUCUUCAAAAUUUCUGUUUACAAUCGGUUUGAUAGUAGUAUGGGUUUGUCUCUUUGCAGAAUGAAUUUUUUUUUGGUUUUGUUGGCAGGAUGUUCUGGCGCCAGGUGUGUGGAAUAUUUUUCAGGGCUGCUUGCCAGCAGCCAGCAGUUUUAUAGGUUCGGACUGUUAUGUCCAAAUGUUAGUCAGAUAUGUGUAAAUAAGCUUUUCAAAGAUAAAAUGGUGCAAGUCAAUAUUUUUUAAAUUGAAAUUGGUCGCAUAAAACUGUUUUCCGUUUGAUUGUAAAAGCAAAACGUAUUUUUAAAAAUAAAAUGUCAACUCGAGUUAACCUUGACUGGUUUUUUUUUAUCAAUUUUUUUUUUUAGGACAAAAAUUUAAAGGUUAAAUAUUUUAAGUUAACUUUUGGUGUACUCUUAUAGUGAAUAUUUUUUGUAGCGUGCCUCGACACAAAGUUGAAGUUUGCAGUUUUUGUUGUAUUUGGUAUUGAUUUUACUGAGGUUUGCGAUUGUCCGCUUCAGGUUUUUCAAUGGUAUUUAUUAUUGAGUCAGUACAGAUUGAAAGUCUAUGAUAACUCUCUUUAGAAAGUAAAAAUAAAAUUCCAAACCAUUGAAGACAUACAAAGUUGUGUAGUGUUAAAUUUGAGCCAACUGAACAGUUAUAAAAUGAAAACAACUUUAAGGAAAUCAUUUUUAGUGGUUUCCUGUAGACCAUGGUAUGAGCAACAUCAAACCACAGUCCUGAAGAUGGAAUGUGCAAGUAUUCCAAAAUGUAGGUAGUCUAGUCAAUCUAUUCAAGUGUGAGUAACCGCAAGAUAUGUAAGUACGAUACCCCACUCAAGCUUCAACAACUAUAAACUUUCUGAACAAGAGCAACAAACAUAUCAAGUUAACAUGGAUGGAUCCCGGGCUACCUUAGUGUAAUGGGAAAUAUAAGAGCCGACACUGUAGCAAAAGAAAUAUUAAGCAACAACAUACACAUAGUACUUAUUAGUUCAUAGAAAAGACAGUCUAAAAAUUAACAAAUGGCACACCGAAUGGAAUAGAAAAAGAUGAAUGAAUUGUGAGAAAGAGAUGUUGUCUCUUAACGUCCAUGGACGUUUCUGACGCUGCUGGUCUAUUUGGUCAUUUUGGUUGGUGAUACUCAUUUAAAGUGAUAAGGAGUUUCAGCCUCAUAGUCAACAUUUAAUUUGAAUUCCGUUGAAAAUUUAAAACAUUAUAUACCACAUAUUAUGGGCAACAAAAGAAAACAAUAUUGAACGAUAAUGCUGCGUUGAUUUGUUGGUGCAGUUUUUUAGAACUUUUUGAGGAGUUUAGAUGUUGGACUUGCUUCUUAAACUGAGAUAAAUGUACUCAAUUGCGGAAAAAAAAGAUGACCCAACUGAAAGUACGCACUUAGAGGAAAAUAUGUGCAAUUUGGAAAAAUUGCCAAAAUAUAUCGAUUGUCAAGAAACAUUAACAGAAUUGUCUUUCAUCAAAUGGUUAGCCGGCUUCCGGUUACUGUGUCGAGAUCUAACUGCUAAGAUAAAUAAAGACAUUGUCAACGGUUUACUUAUUUUUUUUCAAGAUAAACUGUUGCCAGAAGUUAUCGAUUGCAGAAAUAAAGUCAACAAAUCUAAUUUAGUUAAAACCUAUCUUUCUCAGUCUUUAUUAUUUUUUCGGACAUAUUAUGGUCAUUUAAGACAAGAUUUAUCGGAUACUAUAUACCUUGAAAAAAUGGCAUCGUUAUUGGCUUAUUAUAUCGAUUUGGAAUUAAUGUCUUCUCAACGUUACAACGGAAUUGAGAAAAAAAUAUCCAAUAAAAUCAUUGCAAGCCUUAGUUUAUAUUUGAGUAACGCCUCAAUCGAUUUCACGAUUGAUUCUAUAUUUCAAUCAUAUUAUAUUUUUUAUGGUACUUCUCAGUACGGAUACAUUACGCGUGUAAUGUUAAAAAAAAUCUUAUAUCAACCCAUUCCUUCAAAAAUAGAAUUUUUCACCUACUUGCGAUUAAUUUUGUGUUGCAAGCUUUGGAAAAAAAUCAUUUGUGUUACUUUGAAAGACGGUGACAAAAGGAGAGAACAAGACGAUUUACGAAAACUUUUGAGAAAAAUUCAUCCUCCUUCUGACUUUAUGAAGUUGUACCAAAAAUUUAAAUGGCCCAAUUGGCCGAAAUUGACCAUGUCGCAAAACGGCACUAACGAUAUGUCCGAAAGAGAUCGGCAAAAUAUUUCUACUGUAUUGUUCAAUGCAAAUUUAUCACUUAAAGAAUGUUUUAAGGAUAUAUUGGACGUUAAAAAAGAAACUAAUUCAAAUACGAUGAAAUCGAUUAUCAAGCGUUGUAAACAAAGAUGUCCUGCAAUGUCGGAAAUAUUUGAUAAAAGUGAAAAUGUUAUUCAAAAAUGGAGUAAUGACUUUGAUGAACAUUUAAAGCCGUUGAUACCCGUCACCGGUUCCUGGAAUAGCUUGUUGAGGAAAAUCAAGUAUAACUUCGAGCCCCAAGACGAACCGGAAUCGACCGGAAACGACGAAUCGAACAACGGUGAAAUGUCAAACGAACAGUCGACCGACGACGACACGUUCAAAGACAAUCUGAAAUGCAUAAUGUUCGGACCGUACAGCGAAACGAAAAAAGUGGAAGAAAUUGAACUAGCAACGGUAAUUGUUAAUAGAAUUCCAUUUACAUACGCUGUAGUUAACGACACGGAAUCGAGAAGAGGAAAAAAGAGACGCAAUUCUCAUUCCCCUUCUAACCCAAAGUUGCCAAAAAUUUCUUUUUUAGAAGACGAUAGUAUUGAAUCAAAGUCCCGUUCCCAAUAUAAUAACAACAGCUGUUGUACCGCCGCUUCCGUUAGUCAGAGCUCGACGAAACAAGGGAACGCCAAAAGCGUCGGCGGCGGCGGCGGUGGUUCUAGUAAUGAUUCAAUAUGUGGUGACCAAUCUAAAAACGCGCAGAACGUUGUUAAUAAUGCGGUUGUUAGCUCUGACUUCUCCGGUAGUAAAUCCGCCGCGAGACGACUGGCGGACGAACGACGAAUAGCGGCGUCGGCGGCGUUCGUCGACUUGUCCAACGAAAACGACUCGAACAGUUCGACGGACGACAACCACAGCCAUCUGGAGAUUAUCGAGAAAAACAUUGACAAUUUAGAAACGGUCAAUUCCAAUAGUCAAGCCAGCGAAGUGCUGUCCAACGAAUGGGACUGCAAUCAAGAGGACGCUGACUCUUCCGAAUCCCAGCACGUUAUCGACAGCCCGGAUCAAAUCGAAAUAGAAACGCCGAGUUCGGACAUCGAACCCAAGAGUCCUAAAGACAGCAGCCGUUUGUCUCUGAGGAGCAGUUCGGCGGAAAUGAACUCGACCAGGAGGUCGCCCGUCAAGGCAAUCGGAAAGUACGCCCACGCAAUGCCAAUGCACCAGCAGGAAGCCACCCGUGGCAUUGAACACGGCGAAAACGAAAUCAACUCGAACACACAAGACUUGGAAGUGGUCAACGUGUUGUCGCCCGUUUCCAUAAACUCCACCGACAUAGCCAUGAACAAGGGCCCGUCGAUAUCGGAUUUACCGAUUAUCCACGCGCAAAACAAUCGUAGUAGUAACGAUACGACGACGAUGGGUAAGCCUCAGAUCAGCGUAAGUAAUUUAAUGAAAGCCGACGUGGAUCAUCAUCACGGUACAGUCGGUGGCCGCAACAACGAGGCGCAGGCAACGCUGCAGCAGAAACCCGUGCAAGUAAAAAGCAUGCCCAUGUUAUCGUCGAAUUCGUGUUCUUUCGGCCAACAACAACAAAUGGACGACCGAAGACUGCUGUACGACGUCGACGACAAGAUGUCCAUUCGUAACUGCUCGUCCGCUUCGGCGGCUUACGAACUGCAUCGAUCGUUGUCGGCGAAAUCCGGCAGUUCGCCUACCGCCGCCGCCGUCUCGUCGACGAAACUCCUGGCGCAAUCGCUGAACGAUACGAACACGAUUUCCUCCACCCUGAGCAGCAUAAACACGAUUAACCUGCAUUACAGUAACGAGAAAAUCAGCAUGGUCGAGAUGUGCGACGACUUCAGCGACAACUCGAUGGACAUCCAAAUACCAAACGUCGAUUCCGAGGACAUUGUCAAUUGCCCGAACAGCAUAUCGAUGUCGACAUGUCUGAAACCGAUGUUUAACAAUUUCAAACAACUCGGUCCCGCCGAAUGGCCCACCGUGAAAACGUCGGAGCAACUGUAUCCGGAAUCGAUGGAAAUCGUUUCGAUGCCGUUGAGGAGUCGGUCGGAAAUGCCACUGCAUUCGCCCCAGAGUUACUUCUUGGGCGACGACAAGAGGAGCCCCCAACAACAAGUGUAUUACGGUACCGCGGUCAACAACGGCGGCGGCAGUUCGGAUCAGUUUGAGAACAGGCGCAAACGGGCCACGCCGCAUUCGGCCGCCGACGAGUACGUGUAUUCCACCAAAGUGCAGCGAUUCGAUAACAGUCAUGGCGACAAUCGGUUGUUGACAAACGGCUACGCCGCCGUACCAAUCGCUUCGCCCGUGACCAGCAAGACGUUGUACGAUUACGUGGCUUUGGGCAACAGCCAAACCGGCACGUACGACAACUCGUCGGAGUUGCACAACACUGCCGACGGUCCGUCGCCGACCGCCCACCACAACAAUGAAUUAUUGAACUAUAGAAAUCUCAAUUAUUCGCCCGUUCCUAAUCUGCUGCUCGACGGCCAUCAUCGUCAACUGGCGGACAGACGGUCUUCCGUCAUCAACGGAACGGACGUGAUGAUGCCCGACAACAGUAACGGCUGUAACAUACAUUAUAGAUGGCCCGUCGGCUGUGGUCAAGACGGCGGCGGUGGUGCGAGCACGGCAAACCACCGAGUAUUGUACGCAAUGUCCAGUGACGAUUUGUCGCAUUCCGUAGUCAACAUUGUAGUUCCUAAAAAAAAUCUGAAUCCGAGUGAAAAAAUAUUGAACGCUGCAACGUAUCAGCAGUUUCAAGACGUUCCUAAUGUCAUGUCGUCGGCUGAGAACUCGAUCGCCGCCGCCGCCGCCGUUACUCAAUCGUCGUCUGCGGUCGAUCCCGUGGACGAUAAACGGCCGGCCAGAGUGCAAGCCGACGGGAGUCUAGACUUGAGUUCCCCUAAGAAUCGUCGCGAUCAUCCGCCCGCCGCCAACGACGGCCACGCGUCGAGUGAAAAUCAAACGGCGGACGCAACUGGUGCAAAGGCGCCUCCUAAAGGCGGCACCAACGCUCCUAGUCCAUACGAAGGGAUGUUGUACUUGUACGAACGCGGUAAGUUAUAUCUUUGUAUGUACCCAUAUUGCACGAACGGUUGUCAUUAUCCCAUAACCCAAGAGGUGGGCGAGAAACUCAGGCACGAGUUCACGGUGCAGUUCGAUUUCAUCCGUUUCCAAAUCCAAUUCAAGUACAACCAUUUGUUGCAAUCGGACCCGAAGGACUGGCUGAACAUACCCGAACUGGUGCGGCUGGACAAACGGUGUCUGUGCGAGAUCUGCGGCGAAAUGGAGUACAAAAUAAACUUCAACCAGAACAUACUGUUGAACUACGUGAACAUGAAAAAGAGCGAGCCGUUCAGGUGGAAGAAAUGUUUGGUAAACCGUUUCAACCGGACCGUCACGGAUCGGCCCGUUUCCGAAAUGAUCGACGACAUGAACAAGUGCGUUAAGAAUUUCCAAUACGCGUUUACUAUGUUUUCCGAAGCCGGGACGGAAAUGACGGCGGAAUGUCUGCAGAGGAAGUGCCAGAGCCAUCCGGUCAACGAUUCCGCUCUGCCGUAUCGCUGUAAAGAAAUACUCAAUUACAUACGCAGACACUCGGUGCCGAGAAAACAAGAGUCGUCGUCGUCGUCUUAUCAGUACGUCGUGAAACCUUUGCCGCCGCCGCCGCCGACUUCUUAUCAAGCGGCGGUCGACUGCAACGUAGCAGCAGCAGCGGUGCCGAGUACGACGCGCUACGACUACCACGCGUUGGAGGAAAGGUCGCCGCCUCCUACUGCCUCUUAUCGACCGACGAGUGCGUCUCGCGCUUUCGAAAUGCAGCGUUCGCCAAACGACGCGGCGCAAAUGUAUUUCGCGGAAAGAGCACACAGCCCGUCGUCCUCCUACCCGCCGUUAAAAUACAUUAUCGAGAACAACAUAACCCAUCAUACAUCACACACGAAAUUCGUGGAGGGUCUGUCGGAUAACGUCCCGCCGCCACAGCAUCGCCAUUCCCCUGUAGACACCACACAUCAGUCAUCAUCACACCAUCACCACCACCACCACGUGAAAAACACAUCACACCGACUGGUGACGACCGAAUCGUCGUCGUCGUCGUCGUUUACACUGUUGAAAGGUAAAACCAAAAACCACCACCACCACCACCACCGCAGUCAUUGUUCUUCUUACUCUUCUGACGCGCCGGAGUUCUCUUGCCACGCGACCACACAUCCCCUCCAAGUUCCUAACGCUCAAGUUCAUCGAAAUCCCUCGUAUUACGGGGGGUCGCCUGUAAACGUACCGUCGGACAAUUCCGUGCCGUUCGGUUCGCCCAAUCUGUCUGUUAUUAACGCAGUGCCCAACUCGCCAUCGUUGUCCGACUGUAGCAUACCGUCGCUGGUGGAAACCAUCGCCACGGCUGUCCCCGAGCACGCUUUGUUGGACGACAGUUUAGAAGCCGUGAACGCCGCUCACAACUUGAUGAUGAUCUCGAACCGUCACAGAUACAACACCAGCGGUGAUGCGUUGCACGCGGACCCAGCCGCUAACGGUGAAAUAAUAUCUAACACCGCCGCCCAUGUAAAACAACAGUUGUCGACAACAACAACUGAACCGCCAAACGAUCAGCAAACGGCGGCGGAAACUGUUCACAUAAGUCGAAGAAAGAAAAAGAAAAAACAUCAGGACAAAAAGAAGGAUAAGAAAAAAAAAGCAAAGCGUUCCCGUAACGUCGUCGUUGCCGCUUCCGGUCUGUCUUAAUCGAACGUCUUUUUUUUUUUUUUUGGUUCUUCUCUUGUGUAUAGUCAAAUGUUUUUUAUUAAAUUAAUUUUCUUUUUUUUUUCUACAUUCCGAGCUUAAACGAUUAAUAUAUAUAUAUCAUCAAAUUAACUGAGAAAUGUUUUUUUUACAACAUUCUGUGAUUUAAUUUAAUAUUUUUAACAAACUGUGAUAAUUUAAGAUUGCUCAUUUUUUCUUCCUUUUUACUUUAAAUUAAAAAACAAACUCUUAAUAAUAUUCCGAAAACAGUUUUUCAAUAAUUCAACAACAUCAACGUAGUAUUCGUUUAUUAGCUCCGUUGGAAAAAAAAUUAAACGGAUCAUUAUUUUAUUUUGUUUAAUUUGUAAGACUUUCUUCUUGAACACCGAGUUUGCAUAAAAGUUAUUUUUGAACUUAAUAACACUGGCUGAACGAAAUAAGUUGAUUUUAAAAUUACGCUGUGAACAUUUACUGUUGAAGAUCUACGGUGCCGGACAACGCGAUUACCUAUUUAAUUCUAUCUGUGGAGUUUUUGAUUUGAUUGAUUUGUUAUUCUAUCGGUAAAAUUAAAACUAAUAUUAUCUAUACGUAAGUACUGUUUUAAGUAUUUCCUGUAAAAAAAACAAAAAAAACAAAAAUUGAUUUACCAAUUUCCAAGUAUUAUAAUAUUACUAGAUUAUAAAUUAUUUAACUCUGUAUCCAAUCGGUUUUUCGAAAGUAAUUUUCAUAACUCAAUAUUUGAUUUUCUUACACGUUAUUUAUUUAAAUAAAUAAUAUUUAUCAAUUAAAAAAAAAAAAUAAUCAUUCGAUUAAAAAAAAAAAAUAAUUAAUUAACUUAACCUUCUUUUUAUAACUUAAACUAAAUUUGUAUUAAAUUUAUUUGACGAAAUUGCAUCUAUCAAAUCAUCUUUACCCUAAGAUCUUAGACAAGCGAAUGAUACCCAAAUUUAGUUUAAACGAAUCGCCAACCAGCGCCAAAAAAACGGAGUAUUUGACUAUAUUUAAAGGCCGGAGAUACAUGAAGAGAAAAUUUGCAGCUCGUGUUACCAUGUCGACAAUCGACAAAACCGAAGUUACGAUUCAACAAAUCAGUCGCGUGUUUGUGGAACAGGAAAAUUCUAUAGUGAAAUCUUAUUCGGUCACCAAAAGACAGACCAAAGGAAUAAUCAUAGAGAACACAUGGAAUUCUUCCAUUAACAUCACUACGGACAUAAGCACAUACGUGAGCCGCAGGUUGGAAAACAAAACAAGUUGUCGAUACUACCGAGAAGACUGAUUUGCAGAAUUAAUAACUUUAAUGUAUUCUGCCUAUUCUUGUAAACAAGUUAUAACUUUAUGUAUAUUCGCCGUUGUCGCUAUUAGCCAUACGCUCAUUUUGUUAUCGUCUAAGAUAUUAUACCCGUUUUUAUUAUAUAGAUGCAAUUUCGUUAACUUUGUUUUCGGUAAAAUAAUAAUAACAAAUAACCUAACAUAAAUAUCCCUUUUUUUUAAAAUGAAUUAUAUGUACAGCGCGUUUAGAAUUAUCGUACUACUCGACCGCAAAGCUCGAUCAAUGAAUUCUAAACGCCCUUUUUACGUGUAAAAAAAAAAUAAUAAUAAGUUAAGGUUUUUUAGUGGUAAUGUUUCCUAAUCGAUUAUGGUCAUAUUGAUCUCAACAUUCAUAAACUACAUAAUAUAAUAAUUAAUCAUUAUAAUAAUAAUAUAAAGCUCGUAUACUUUUUUUUGUUUGUUUGUAUAGUAUGAAAUUACCUUAUAAAAUUAGCUUAUUAGUUUUUUGUUUGUUUGUUUGUGUCGAUAUAGUUGUUAAGUAGCAAAUGACAUAUUAUUACAGAUAAUAAUACAUAAUAUUAUACAAAAAUACACUCGACUUGGUAAAAAAAAAAAAGUAAUUUAUAUUUGUUCGAGUGUGUAACAAUGAACGCGUUAACUUUCUUCCACUGACUAUUGUACAUAACUUAAAACUACUCUGCUCGAUCGUGCGCAAUCGCAGCCACCGAACAUCAUUUUUACUACGCUUUGUACCAUACCACGGCUCGUAUUUACCAAUAAUUUAACCAUGUUAACGCAGUAGCCAUAACGCAAAUGGUUCUUAGCGGACUGAUAAACCUAUUUAGUCAUUAUUAUUAUUAUUACUAUGAUUAUUAUAAUUAUUAAUAUUAUUAUUAUUUAAACGCGAGCAGAACCGUCUGUCUUGUGCACUCAUUUAAAACAUGUGUAUUCUGUAUCUAUAUAUAUAUAUAUA